CACACGGCUUCUAACAUAUCAGUUGCAUAAAACAACUGUACUUGGAUUUGGAGCAUGAUUGUUUGAUUCUAAUACCUCGGCUGCCCAACAAGGCGUCCUGGGGACCAUUCUGUGACCGUAUCUCAAUGUGGCCACAUAUGCGACCACAGGACCUCGAAAUGGCGUUUCCAGGUCUCUGGCAUCGCAAAUGAGCCGCGAAACUUUGGCUGUCAUAUCAUACUAUGCCGUUCUCUACGGUACUUAUUUCAAAGGAAUUAUGGACGCCAAGAAGGGAAACAAAAGCAUGGCCAUGGCCAAUAUCGCAACUACCUUUGCCCCACAGUUGUCCAGGGUCGUUGGGUGUUGCUGGGCAUUUUCAAUUUUCCUAUUGCAUAGCUACAGUCAAGGUAGAAGUAGCACGAUGUCCCACACUCAAAGCUCGCGAUGCUAUGGGCUAACAAAGUAACUUGCUGAAGUCCUGUCCAGUACAGAGCGCACUAGUGAACGAAACUGAGAUGGUAAGGGACAUUUACAGUCUACUAAUAACACAAAC